AUGUCGGAGCACGCGGCGCCCGGGGCCCCGGCGCCCGGGCCUAACGGCGGCGGCGGCGGCGGCGGCCCGGCCCCCGCGCGCGGGCCACGCACCCCCAACCUGAACCCCAACCCACUCAUCAACGUGCGCGACCGGCUCUUCCACGCGCUCUUCUUCAAGAUGGCUGUCACCUACUCGCGGCUCUUCCCGCCCGCCUUCCGCCGCCUCUUCGAGUUCUUCGUGUUGCUCAAGGCCCUGUUCGUGCUCUUCGUGCUGGCCUACAUCCACAUCGUCUUCUCGCGCUCCCCCAUCAACUGCCUGGAGCAUGUGCGCGACCGCUGGCCGCGGGAGGGCAUUCUGCGCGUGGAGGUGCAGCCCAACUCGAGCCGCGCGCCCGUCCUCCUGCAGUUCUGCGACGGCGGCGGCCUGGCUGCGGGCCUGGUGGAGGAGGAGGAGGAGGAGGAGGAGCUGACCGUGGAGAUGUUCGCCAACAGCUCCGUCAAGUUCGAGCUCGACAUCGAACCCAAGGUGCUGAAGCCGCCGGGCAGCGCCGCGGCCCUGAACGACAGCCCGGAGUUCCCCUUCCCCGAGACGCCCUCGAAAGGGUGGCCGCAGGACGAGUACAUCGUGGAGUACUCGCUGGAGUACGGCUUCCUGCGGCUGUCGCAGGCCACGCGGCAGCGGCUCAGCAUCCCCGUCAUGGUGGUCACCCUGGACCCCACGCGGGACCAAUGCUUCGGGGACCGCUUCAGCCGCCUGCUGCUGGCCGAGUUUCUGGGAUACGACGACAUCCUCAUGUCCAGCGUGAAGGGCCUGGCUGAGAACGAGGAGAACAAGGGCUUCCUGCGGAACGUGGUGUCGGGGGAGCAUUACCGCUUCGUGAGCAUGUGGAUGGCGCGCACCUCCUACCUGGCGGCCUUCGUCAUCAUGGUCAUCUUUACCCUGAGCGUAUCCAUGCUGCUCCGCUACUCCCACCACCAGAUCUUCGUCUUCAUUGUGGACCUGCUGCAGAUGCUGGAGAUGAACAUGGCCAUCGCCUUCCCCGCCGCGCCCCUGCUGACCGUCAUCCUGGCCCUCGUGGGGAUGGAGGCCAUCAUGUCCGAGUUCUUCAAUGACACCACCACGGCCUUCUACAUCAUCCUCAUCGUGUGGCUGGCUGACCAGUACGACGCCAUCUGCUGCCACACCAGCACCAGCAAGCGGCACUGGCUCCGGUUCUUCUACCUGUACCACUUCGCCUUCUACGCCUACCACUACCGCUUCAACGGGCAGUACAGCAGCCUGGCCCUCGUCACCUCCUGGCUCUUCAUCCAGCAUUCCAUGAUCUACUUCUUCCACCACUACGAGCUGCCCGCCAUCCUGCAGCAGGUGCGCAUCCAGGAGCUGCUCCUGCAGACGCCCCCGCUGGGCCCCGGCGCCCCCACCGCACUGCCCGACGACCUCAACAACAACGGGGGCGCCCCGGCGGCCGCCCCCGACCCUGCAGGCCAGCCCGCCGCCCUGGGCCCUGGCUCGCCGGGUGGCGGUGCGGGCCCCGGGCCUGUGGCUGAGGCGCCCAGUUCCCUGGUGGCCGCGGCGGCCUCGGUGGCUGCGGCGGCCAGUGGCGACCUGGGUUGGAUGGCGGAGACGGCCGCCAUCAUCACGGACGCCUCCUUCCUGUCCGGCUUGAGCGCCUCCCUCUUGGAGCGGCGGACGGCCAGCUCGCUGAGCCCCGGCGGGGGGCUACCGCGGGCCCCCCAGAACGCUCCCCCUCCAAGUGACUCCCUAGCACCUGACACAGCCGCCCCGGCCACUGGAGUGGGUGGCCCCAGCCCCGAGGCUGUGGCCCCAGCAGAUGUGCCCUUGGACGUUGGCUCCUGAGCCCUGGGCGGCUGAACCUGUCCCUGGCCAUCCCGACUGGCCGGGCGUGACCUGGCUGGAGCCCUCCGGCUCGGGGGAGCUGUGCCCCGGGGCCCUGGGAGCGCCCGGCCUGCCGCGGCUGGUGCCCGGGCCCACCAGGUUUGCCCAGAGGAGGGCUUCUCCCGAGUGUGGACUGUCCGAGGCUGCCCCUGCCGCUGCUGGUGGGCCCCAUAGGAAACAGACGCAGGCCGAUGAGCCGAGCAGGAGAGGGGGCAGGGCUCCAUGGAAGGUUCUGGAAGGGGGUGGUGGAAGGUCUGGAGUGAGCUGUGGGGCAGAGCAGGGGGAGCAGGGGUGGGGGCCCGCGCCGUCCCGGCCCGGCGGCUGGUGCUCCGUCGUGCGCAGUGCCUUUUCCCGGGCCCCUGCCCCGUGUGCGCGCCGGGCCGGAGGGGCGGCGGCCGCGCGCGUCUCUCGCGAGGGAGGCGGAAGGCGCUCAUUCCACUCUAUUUAAUUGCAGUGAACAAAAUUGUGUUUGUAUAUAGAAUAAACUGCUGACAGCGGCC